CGCACUCGGCAGCGCGCACUCGGCAGCGCGCAAUCGGCAGCGCGCAAUCGGCAGCGCGCACUCGGCAGCGCGCACUCGGCAGCGCGCACUCGGCAAGAUGACGACCACGGCCCCGGCAGUCCCAGCGCUGACCACAACCUUUGCCCCGCCCGAAUCCUGCCUCGUCAGCUACUCGCAAUACACCUACUCGGGCUCGACGCUGACCUGCUAUGCCGACGACAACUCCCAGAUCCCCUGCGUCUUCAUGCACCUGGGCCCGGCCACAGGCAGCCCCGUCUCCGCCUGCUUGCCGCCGAGCUACACGCCCACCGCGUCCUUCUACUAUUCGCCCGGCAUCUGCCCGUCGGGCUACCAGCUCGCCUGCUCCAGCACGUCAGGCGCCGAGACGCGCGGGACGUGCUGCCCUAGUUCAUAUGGCUGCAUGACGCCGUCGACGUGGUGGCCGUGGUACAGCACCGAUCUCUGCACCAUCUACAUGGCGCCCACCGUGUCCUUUGUGUACGCGGCGAGCACUGUCGGCGUCGGAUGGCAGAUCAACACGGGCUCGGCCGCCGCGGCCAACGCGUUCGGCAUCCCCAUCCGCUUCAAGGCAGCCGAUCUCGCCUCGAGCACGUCGUCCGCUGCCACCUCCACGUCAUCGCCGUCUCCGUCAUCGUCGCCCCUGCCGUCGCGCCAGACCUCGGGGUCAUCGGCCCCCGAAGCCACAGCCCUGCCGGCGGUCGCUUCGCCCUCGUCGGAGCUGUCGGCCGGCGCCAAGGCGGGCAUCGCCAUUGGCGCGGCCCUCGCCGCCAUUAUCCUCAUCGCGUCGGCCAUCUUUGUCUGGCUGAGAAGGCGGCGGGCGGCGGCCGCGGCAGGGGAUGCGACGGCGCCGGAAAAGGUCGAAACACAGUACUACCAGGGCGCACAGUUUGGGCACGUGUGGAGACCGAGCGAGAUGGAUACGCCCUCUACCCGGACCGAGCUCGGCGGCGACGGGCCGCCCGUCGCUGAGCUUAGGGGAGACGGUUGGGGGCGCGACGUCGCGGAGAUGCAAUGACGGCCGAUUUCUUUCCAGGGGUGCAUUGGAGCGGCAGGGUUGUGAUAAUUUCAUAGAAAUAGAAGUUCCCGCAAUGCGUGCAGCAAGUACACAUUUGAUCCAGGCAGUGAAUGCGCGUAUUGAUGUCGUCACGAUGCUGAAUGUUUGGCUUGCGGCGUUGGCGCGGCGUUGGCGCGGCGUUGGCGCGGCGUUGGC